ACGGGAAAUACGAGAUAUUCCGGAAAGAAAAAUGCCAUGGCUUGAAAGAAAACCAUUCAUUUAACGUUGUUUGAAUAUCAAAUGGGCUGAGAAUGAAAGAACUGGUCUUUAAAGAAUUGUACAAGAUGUAGCCAUGAGGGUGUUAAAGAGUAUUUACUACGACUCGCUGGGCAUUGAUGCUGACGAGAAACUGACAGAGGAGGGGUUAUCUCCCCUAAUUCUUGACCAAGAUGUCCUCCCAAUCACUGGAGAGAUGACGGAAACUGAACUCCAGGUAGAUAAUACUGGUCAAAUGCAGAUAUCACAGGAGGCCUCCAGUCUUGGAGUGAAGCAGGAAUGUACUGGAUGUAAGAAAGAGAUAACAGAACGCUACAUGUUAAAGGCCAUGGAUCAGUACUGGCACGAGGACUGCCUCAAAUGUUCCUGCUGUGAUUGUCGUCUGGGAGAGGUGGGAUCAACACUGUUUGCCAAGGCUAACUUGUUACUGUGCAGGAGAGAUUAUUUGAGAUUAUUUGGUACAACAGGUUAUUGCGCUGCUUGCAGUAAAAUGAUUCCAGCAUUUGAAAUGGUUAUGAGAGCCAAAAGUAAUGUGUAUCAUCUGGAAUGUUUUGCUUGUCAACAAUGUAAUCACAGAUUUUGUGUCGGAGACAAAUUCUAUUUGUGUGAUAACAAAAUAUUGUGUGAAUAUGAUUACGAGGAGAGAAUGGUCUUUGCUAACAUGCCAUUCAAUUACAAUGCACUGACUCAAAUCAAAAGACAGACUCAGAGUCUCAGUGACGAUUUGUCAAGCGGAUACGGAAGUCCAAGUCCAGGCUCUUUAUGAACUAUGGGAUAUUUUGAUAUGUACCGGUUCUAUCAUAUGUGAUGUCUCCCAUUGGCUGCAGGUCAGAGUUCAGGAAUCAUCAAUAUCAUUCAAAUGAUUGAGACUGUCCAAACUUUCCUUCACUACUAACAUAUAGUAUGUUUUUCUUUUUCUCGAUAUUGUCUUUUCUUAACUGUUUUAUAGAAUUACAGAUUACAAAUUUAUUGAAGCAUAUAAAUCAAGUAUGAAAUUGAAAUAAGAUCGAGAAUAUGUAAACAAAUUUUUCAAAAGAAAGAAAGUUUUGAACAGAAAUAUUUUGUUGUUUAUUAUCACUAAUGUAAAUUGUAAAGUUUUGUGUACUUUUUCUUCUUAAUACAUGUAAAUAAGUCUGACAGUAUACCUCACUUACAUUCUCUAGUCAAAUACUUUCAUAAAAAACAAUGUAGACUGUUAUAGUUAUAUUACAAAAGACAAAAAUAUUCUUUAAGGAGGAGGACAUGUUUUUUCUUCUUUUUUCAAUACUGCCGCCAUUUUGUCCCUAAAUAAUAGAGUUUAUACAUAAUACAUGAUUCUUUUGCUGUUUUUUCAUCAGUAAUUAUUGGUGUAAAAACUACAGAUCACAAAUUCUUUUGGUUUUGGGGUUUUUGGCUAAUGUUUUACUGUCCAAAACAAGAGAUAUUGACACUGCAAAAGUUUGGAAAAGGAUGCCUAAAUUAUAAAAGUUUUUGGUUUAAUAAUUUUUACACUUUUACAAGGACUGGACAAUUUUAAGUAUGCCAAAUGAGACUUGAUUAUUGUGAACUUUUUAUGGGAGAUACAUUGUGUGUACAUUCCCAAACUAUGGGGUUACAAGUGACGAUAUCUGAAUGAAUGAAAUUGUUUCUUGUGUGGAUGUUGAGUAACUGCUAUUUCUAGAUAUAAUGAUGGAUCAUGUGACUAAUUUAAUAUGAAUUCAGAUUCAGCUUGUUUGUUUAUUUAAUAUGAAUUGUAAUUUUACUUUUGUUCCAAAAAAUGGCCAAUUAGUGCUACUCAUUUUACAAAAUAAUCUUAAAAGAAAAAAUACUUGUUAUCUUUAACAUUUCAGUAUAACUUACUAACCAAGUUUUUUGAAGAUUUUUUGUACUGAGAACAAAGUACAUGUCCAUAUGAAAAGAAGAAAAUUUUAUAGUGGAAUUACUUCAUACUCAAUUUCUCCAAGUUCUUGUGUUCAUUCAGAAAUAUAUGUUUUUUUUUAUUAUUUUCUUAGUCACUGUGAAUAUCAUUAUAUAUUUAUAUUUGAAAUAAAAUAUAUUAAAUUUACUUGAAAUUGAAAUCCAAAACAAACUGUUUACUUUCCAAGAGUUUAGUGCUAAUUUUGUAUAUAUUAUAUUAUUACGUUAUUUAUAAUGAAAUAUCCAUACUUUUGAAUACUGAAAUAUAAAAAAAAAUCUGACAGGCUGAAAAAAACUUGGGAUGGCCCUAUGGACUGGAAUGAAUUCUAAAGAUUUAUCUUUGGAACCGAUCCAUACGUACAUCCCUGAAAUAUUUGAAAAAUGUUAACAUUCCAUUUAUUGUUUAGUAUUUUUGUGUUCAUAUUGUAUACCUGAAUUUUUAUUUUUAAACUUGAUAUUUUCCUGAAACACUGAAUACCACUUUAUUUUUGUUUUGUUAUUUUAAGCCAUAGAAAGAUCUGUGCAGCGGAUGGACAAAUUUUUAUUUUGGAUCAUCCAAUGCUUUAAUAAAUAGUAUGAUGUGUAAUUAAUUUUUCGUACAAUGAGAAAAUUCUCUUUUUGUUCUAAAAAUUAUGAUUUAAGCCUUCAAAAUCUUAGAUGGAAUGGAGUGCAAUGUUAAAUGUUAUCAAGGCAUUUAGCUGGAUUUGUAAUGUUGUAAUUUUCAUAGACUUUAUUUUAAUCCCUUAUUUCUCUAUUUUAAAGAAGUUAAUUAUAAAAAGAAACAUUUUGAUUUCUUCCCAAUUGAUAUCACGACUUCAUAUGGAGUUUCCUGAUAAAUUCUUCCUUGGCUAACAUAGCACUACUUCUAUUAUUUGUUUCUAUUUCUAUAUUAAGAAUUAUAUAUAUAUAUAUAUCUGAUAGUGACUUAAGUUAAAGUAUUGUACCAUAGGAUGGUAUUCUGAUAGAUGUAUUAUUAUUGUUAGUUUGGUUAAGUCUUUUUAAUGUAGAGAUAUUUCUGUUCUAAUGAAAAUUUUUAUUUCUCAUUUUCAAUUCCAUUUGGUAAGUUGAGACGUUCAAAGUUUUUGUGCAAACACUUCUUGAUUUUCAUCAUCAUAAAUAGUUUUAUUUUUCAUUUGUAAUAGGAUUAUACAAGAUUUUUAUGAUAUAUUUAUUUUUCUCAUUUUUCAGGAUUAAGGAUAAAUAAAAUCUGAUUUGAUUUGAUUCGAGGUGCAAUACUUCGUGCUCACACAUUUUUAUGAAUCUCACAUUUCAACUAUAGGUAGUGGACUUUAAUUUGAUUGGAUAAUGGGAGUGGGGAGGGUGCAUGUGUUCCUUUCUUUUAAAACAAAAACUUGCAUAGAAAUUUGGACUAAGGGGAUAUUCUAAACAGAUUACAUUGUUAUAUUUUCAGAAAGUCUGUCAAUAACUAAAAGGUGGUUUAGGGAUCUAAACUAAUUUUGUAGAAUUUUCUCCUUCUUUUACAAAAUCAUGCCAUUUUUUUUCUAAAUUUAAAUAUGGAAAUGAUAUGUCUCAACUUUGUAUUAAGCUCUAAGUUUAUGAAACCUGAAAUGACAAAAAGAGAAAAGUUUCAUUUCAAAUUUUCAGAAAAUAAAGAGAAAAAUUGUAUUUACCAACUUUUUUAGCAAACGUUUUUUGGUAAAUUGAUAGCAUAGUCUAUGUGAAGUGUUAUUUAAAGAGUUACAUCCCCUAUGAAUUUGUGUCUUAACAAAAUUUGGAUGAAAAGAAUCUUUCAGUAUAUGUAAGACAAUUUUCUGCUCAAAUAAAAAGUUGAAAUGUCUUAAAAUCUGGAAAAAAACCUUUCUUUUUUUAAGUUUGCCAAUUUGGUUAUUGUUUUAUACCUACAGUUUGAACCAUUACAAUUUUUAGACUCUAAACGACCUUAUCAGAUUUGGGACAGAUGAAAAUAUCUGAAAUAAUUGUCAAUAACCUAAUAUAAGUCCAUAAUGCAAACAAAUAGAUUUGAGAUUUUAAUACUACAUUAAAAAUUAUAAUUUAUCUUUAUUAAGAGUUUAAAUCUUUGGAUUUUUUUAGAAUUUUAUUAUUUUACAUGAAAAUACAAGCUAGUCUGUAUAUUCAUUGUUUGGUUGUAUAUAUAUAUAUAUACUUACAGGUGAUUUUUCUCUAGUCCUUCUUGUUGAAUAAAAAGUCAAUAUACUA